GAUGAUGAGUGCGGUCUCUUCGCCCCGCCGGGCUGCGUGGAUGAUGAUGAUGAUGAUGAUGAUGAUGAUGAGGACGGGCAGACGCCGGAGGACGAGGAUGAGGAGGAUGAUGAUGAUGAUGAUGAGGAGGGCUCGGGGCUGAUCCCGGCGGCGCUGCUCCCGUUCCGCGGCAGCCUCCUCUUCCAGGCCGAGGCCGUGGAGAUCUCGCCCCGGGGCCCCGCCGAGGAGGAGGAGGAGGAGGAUGAAGGCAGCACCUCGGCGUCCUUCCUGCGCUCGCUGUCCGAGAGCUCCAUCCCCGAGGGGGGGGACGAGGCCUUCGCCUUCCGCGACGACACCGACGCCUCCUCGGACUCGGCCGCCUACGACGGGGACGAGGACGAGCGGCUGUACGGCACGGAGCGGCACGCGGGGACACCCCCGGGGACACCCCCGGGGACACCCCCGGCCCCCCCCGGCCCCGCCGGCGUCGAGCUCCACCUCCGUGCGGGGUCCCCGUGUCACCCCGAGGCGGCUCCCGGCUCCCCGGGGACACCCGUGUCCCCCCCCGGAGGGGACGCGGCGCUGGACGGCCACGCCUUUGUCCCCGUCGCGGGGCCGUGGCCCCCGCCAGAGCCCCCCGAGGAGGCGGCGGCCGCGGAAGGUUCUGGAGCCGCGCUCUGUGCCGGGGACCCCCGGAGCCACCGGCGGGGAGGGACGGCCGGGGAGCCCCAGCACGGCCCUGGGGGUGACAGCGAUGGUGACAUCGGCCCGGAGCUCAGCGCUGAUGGCCACAGCGAGCCGGACUCUGCAGCCACCGGCGUGGGGACAUCAGGGACACCGACCCUCCUGGGGCACACCGACACUGCGGCCAGUGAUGGGGUGACACCUGUGACACCCAGUAUAGUGGAUGCUGACCUGGUGACACCUGUGACACCCAGUGUGACGGACACAGACCUGGUGACACCUGUGACACCUGGCGUGAUGGACACAGACCUGGUGACACUUGUGACACCCAGUAUAGUGGAUGCUGACCUGGUGACACCUGUGACACCUGGUAUGAUGGACACUGAGCUGGUGACACCUGUGACACCUGGCCUGGUGGGCACCGACCAGGUGACACCCAGCGUGAUGGACUCAGUGGACACAGACCUGGUGACACCUGUGACACCUGGUAUGAUGGAUGCUGAGCUGGUGACACCUGUGACACCCGGCGUGAUGGACACAGACCUGGUGACACCUGUGACACCUGGUAUGAUGGACACUGAGCUGGUGACACCUGUGACACCCAGUAUAGUGGAUGCAGACCUGGUGACACCUGUGACACCCGGCGUGAUGGACACAGACCUGGUGACACCUGUGACACCUGGCCUGGUGGGCACCGACCAGGUGACACCCAGCGUGAUGGACUCAGUAGACCCUGGCCUGGUGACACCAGUGACACCAACCCCACCGGACGAGAUGGACGCUGCAGCCACCAGCCCGGUGACACCCAGCCCGCCUGAUGAGCCGGACACCGUGGCCACUGAUGUGGUGACACCGGGGACACCGACCCCACUGGAUGAACCGGACACUGACCUGGUGACACCAGGGACACCGACCCCACUGGAUGAGCUGGACACUGCAGAUGCUGAGCUGGUGGCACCAGUGACAGCCAGUGUGAGGGACACUGAUGUGGUAACAGCCAGUGUGAUGGACAGUGACAUGGGGACACGGACCCCACUGGAUGAGCUGGACACUGACCUGGUGACACCAGGGACACCGACCCCACUGGAUGAGCUGGACACUGUGGAUGCUGAGCUGGUGGCACCAGUGACAGCCAGCGUGAUGGACAGUGACGUGGUGACACCGGGGACACCGACCCCACUGGAUGAGCUGGACACUGCAGAUGCUGAGCUGGAGACACCAGUGACACCGAGUACGAUGGACACUGAUGAGGUGACACCCAGCGCGAUGGACAGCGACGUGGUGACACCGGGGACACCGACCCCACUGGAUGAACCGAACGCUGCGGAUGCUGAGCUGGUGACACCGGUGACACCCAGCGUGAGGGACACUGACGAGGUGACACCCAGCGUGAGGGACACUGACGAGGUGACACCCAGCGUGAGGGACAGUGACGUGGUGACACCCAGCGCGACGGACAGUGACGUGGUGACACCCAGCGCGAUGGACAGUGACGAGGUGACACCCAGCACGAUGGACAGUGACGUGGUGACACCCAGCGCGAUGGACAGUGACAUGGUGACACCCAGCGCAAUGGACAGUGACGUGGUGACACCCAGUGCGAUGGACAGCGCAGCCACCGCCCUGGUGGCACCCAGCCCGUCAGAUGCUGCAGCCACUGAUGUAGUGACAUCGGUGGCACCCAGCCCACCAGAUGAGCCUGCCACUGGAGCCACCGGCCUGGUGACACCCAGCCCACCACCUGAGCUGGGUAUCAUGGCCACUGACCUGGUGACACCAACCCCACUGGUGACACCCAGCUCCCCAGAUGAGCCUGACCCUGGGGCCACCAGCCUGGUGACACCGGUGGCAUCAAGCCUGCUGGACAAGAUGGAAGUUGCGGACACUGUCCUGGUGGCACCAGUGACGUCCACCCUGAAGGAUGCUGUGGCCGUUGACUUGGUGACAUCAGUGACAUCCACCCUGAUGGCCACUGCAGCCACCGACCUGGUGACAUCGGUGACACCUGCCCUGAUGGCCACCACGGACACCAGACCGGUGACAUCGGUGACACCUGCCCUGAUGGAUAGCUCAGACGCCAGACCGGUGACAUCGGUGACACCUGCCCUGAUGGCCACCACGGACGCCAGACCGGUGACAUCGGUGACACCUGCCCUGAUGGAUAGCUCAGACGCCAGACCGGUGACAUCGGUGACACCUGCCCUGAUGGAUAGCUCAGACGCCAGACCGGUGACAUCGGUGACACCUGCCCUGAUGGCCACCACAGACACCAGACCGGUGACAUCGGUGACACCUGCCCUGAUGGCCACCACAGACACCAGACUGGUGACAUCGGUGACACCUGCCCUGAUGGCCACCACGGACGCCAGACCGGUGACAUCGGUGACCCCAGCCCCCCGGGAUGAGACGCCCGCCGUGACCGCUGCUGCGGUGGCCCCGGCCGCUGUCCCUGUCCCGUGUCCCCGGGCCGUGUCCCCCGUGGCGCUGGCAGCCGGGGUGGCCGUCCCCCCGUGUCCCCCGGUGCCGUCACGGCCCCCCGGGGGUGUCCCUGCCCGGCGGGGGGACGCUGCCACCGCCUGGGCCGAGGAUUUGUCCCCGGAGCCGCGCGUUGUCGCCGGCCCCGAGGGCAGCGCCGCGGAGCCCGAGGAGGAGGAGGAGGGAGGAGAGGAAGAGGAGGAAGAGGAUGAGGACGCGGCCCCCGCGCCCCCCUCGCCGCGGUUCACGGCCUCGGAGCGGGAGGUGUUUGUGGGGACCCCCCCGGCCCCCCCCGGGCCGCUCCCACCACCCGGUGCCUUUUCGGGGCGCGGGCGGCGGGAGGAAGAGGAGGCCGUGGCGGGGGGCGCGCCCGGCCCCCUCCCCACCGCGGGGGCUCCCCCUGAGCCCCCCCGCCCCGCGCCCCCCGAACUCCGCCAAGUGCCUCCUCCCGCCCCGAGCCCCCCCAGCCUGGAGCCCCCCCCGGAGCCGCCCCUGUCCCGGAAACACCUGGAAGCCCCCCAGCCCCCCCCGCAGAAGGAGCCGGAGCCCCGGGGCCGGGCAGGGGCUGGGGGGGGCCGGGCGCCCCCCCGGGGGUCUCUGCAGUCCGAGUCGAGCUCGUCCAGCGAGGCCGAGGCCCCCCGAGCCCCCCCGGCCCCCCAGCGCUGCCAGCCCAACCACCGAGGGUCCGGGAACGAGUCCGAGAGCAACGACGAGUCCAUCCCGGAGCUGGAGGAGCCCGAGGGCUCAGAGCUGCCCCCCGCCCAGCCCCAGGUGCCCCACGGCCUCGGGCCCGGAGAGGAGCCGCUGAGCAAAGCCAAGCAGAGCCGCAGCGAGAAGAAGGCCCGCAAGGCCAUGUCCAAGCUGGGGCUGCGGCAGAUCCACGGCGUCACCCGCAUCACCAUCCGCAAAUCCAAGAACAUCCUCUUCGUCAUCUCCAAACCCGACGUCUUCAAGAGCCCCGCCUCCGACAUCUACAUCGUGUUCGGCGAGGCCAAGAUCGAGGACCUGUCGCAGCAGGUGCACAAGGCGGCGGCCGAGAAGUUCAAGGUGCCGCUGGAGCACUCGGCGCUGGUGACGGAUGCUGCCCCUGCCCUGGCCAUCAAGGAGGAGAGCGAGGAGGAGGAGGAGGUGGACGAGACCGGGCUGGAGGUGCGGGACAUCGAGCUGGUGAUGGCCCAGGCCAACGUGUCGCGGCCCAAGGCCGUGCGGGCGCUGCGGCACAACAACAACGACAUCGUCAACGCCAUCAUGGAGCUGACCAUGUAGCAGCCGGGGGUGUCCUGGCCCCCCCGUAUCGAUGCACAGAGCCCCCCCAGAUCCUUCCUCCUGCCCCUCAUCCUGCCCCCGGCCCCCUGGACUGCUCAAUAAAGGCCUCCUGCACCCCUUG